AUGGCUGACAGCCGCGUCCGGGUCUCAGGAGAUGGCGAUGGACAAGUUGCUAUUCUGGAUUGUGGCCUGGCGUGUUUUGGCGUAGAUGCAAGAUUGCCCAGGGCAUCGGCUAGUAGAGACGACGGGUAUGUUGCCGUACAGUGCCGCUGUCCGCGUGAAACAAGCGGGCGGUAUAGGCCAGUGAAUGGUGGAGGAUGUGCAGAGGUUGGCGAGGCGAGCGUGUGUCCCUGGCGCCAAGACAGGGAUGCGCGGACUAGCGUGCAAGGCGGCAAGUCGAGGUGCGACGGGCCUGAAACGCCAGGCCAUCGACAGGCCCUCGUUGGCCGUUUCUGGAGAUGCCGUCGUCUGCCAGCGCUUCGGCUCCACACGCAGUCCAGGGCGUCGUCAUUCGCCGCCGCCGCCCGGAGAACACGUCGAUUCUGGAUAAAGACACAAGCCCUGCGGAUUGCUUUGCCGCUGCGCGCCCAAGGACACGCCGUCCGAGUCACAGAGGCUGAGGGCAGUUCACUCGACCACCACGCCCGCCUACGUCUGGCCCUCGUCGACGGUGUCGCUCACACGGUGGCAAAGGCGCGUUGUAUCGUGUGUGUCAAGGCCAUGCACGACCGUGGAUGA